AUGGGGCAAAGUAAAACAAAACUGCACAUCAUCACCUGCGGCCUCGAUAACAGCGGCAAGUCAUCGAUCAUCAAUCGGCUCAAGCCGACUGCGCUUCAGAGUGAACAUAUCAGCGCCACAGUCGGCUACAAUGUCGAGGUGUUUGAAAAAGGCUCGGCGAAGUUCACGGUAUUUGACAUGGGCGGGGCGAAGAAGUUCCGCGGCCUGUGGGAAACAUACUAUGAAAAUAUCAAUGGGAUUAUAUUCGUCGUGGACAGCAGCGAUGAGCUUCGCCUGUGCGUUGUGAAGGAGGAAAUUGAGUUAAUGCUGCAACACCCGGACAUUGCACGGGAAUUACCCAAGACGAAUGGGGCGAAAAUCCCAUUUUUGUUUUAUGCCAACAAGAUGGAUCUUCCAAAUGCCAAGACCGCGGCAGAAUUGGUUGAUCUUCUUGACCUCACGACACUCAUGGCAGAUCGGCCGUUUAACAUUUUUGCCUCUAAUGCACUGAAGGGGACGGGCGUUAACGAGGGAUUUUUUUGGCUUCAGAAUACAUUGUUGCGACAGAGCAACACUAUUAGUAGUAGUAGUAGUAGUAGAGGGGGGGCGAGGCAGAGAAC